AAGUACAUUUAAAUCCGGAAGCACGAACAGGCAGAAUGUCAGAAUGAAAGGCAUGGAGCUGCACAGCGCGAGACAAUGUUUUGCCUAACUGUAAUCGAGAUCAUUUAAACCCCUUCCCAAAUGUACUGCAGUCAACAUGCUACCGUAACCGCAUUUACUUUGUAUGUACCGUAUCGGUAAUUGCAUUUGUAGUUGUUACGACGCCAAGCUAGCAUGCUUGCUGAAUCUUCGAAGAGCAAAAACUAGCCCAAAUAAUGCAGUUCAAUAAAAUUUGUUGCGUCCUGAUUCGAAGGACGUGCUCCUCCCGGGGUAUAGUGACAACGUACAAACACUACUGUCAGAAACCGUCGAAGAAGCUUAGAAUCUGUGAAGCACUUUCGACUCAGGAAAUCGGAACUCAAGUUAGAAUACAGGGCUGGGUCCGGUCUGUGCGAUCCCAAAAAGAAAACCUGUUUCUCCACGUGAAUGAUGGCAGUUCCCUGCAGAGUCUCCAGGUUGUGGCCAGUUCAGAGCUGAAUAACAGGCACCUCACGUUUGGCAGUUCUGUGGAAAUCUCCGGAAGCCUUGUGAAGAGUCCUCACAAGAAGCAGAACGUGGAGCUAAAGGCGGCCCAAAUCCGAGUUAUCGGGGACUGUAACCCAGUGGAUUUCCCGUUUAAAGUGAAGGAAAGGCACGGACUGGAGUACAUCCGGCAGUUUCCGCACCUGCGAUGCAGAACCAACACGUUCGGCUCCCUGCUGAGGAUACGGAGCGAAGCCACCUCCGCCAUCCAUGCCUUUUUCAAGGAGAAUCAUUUUGUGCAGAUUCACACUCCGGUGAUCUCCUCUAAUGACUGCGAGGGAGCAGGGGAGAUCUUCCAGGUGGAGCCUGCAGUCCGGGACAGGACCUCAGAUGAGGAGAGCCCUCAUUUCUUCUCCGUACCUGCAUACCUGACCGUCUCAGGACAGCUCCACCUGGAGGUGAUGGCAGGGACUUUUCCUUGUGUGUACACCUUCGGCCCGGCCUUCCGAGCCGAGACCUCCCAGAGCCGACGACACCUGGCCGAGUUCUACAUGGUGGAGGCGGAGCUCUCUUUCACCCAGUCACUGGAGGACCUUCUGACGGUCAUGGAGAACCUCUUUAAAUUCACCACAGAAUGCCUUCUUUCUCGAUGUGCAGAGGAUAUCGAGUUAUUUCACAAGUACAUAGCUCCUGGACAUAAGGAAAGACUGGAUCUUAUGCUGAAGGAUAAAUUCAAAGUGAUUACCUACACUGAGGCCAUAGACCUUCUAAGCCGCAGUUCCCAGACAUUUGAGUUUAAAACGGAGUGGGGGUGUGACUUGCAGACGGAGCAUGAGAAGUACCUGGUGAAGCACUGCGGGAACGUCCCCUUGUUUGUGAUCGACUACCCUUACGAGCUCAAGCCUUUCUACGCACGGGACAACGAAGACCAGCCACGCCACACGGCGGCGGCAGUGGACCUGCUGGUGCCGGGGGUCGGGGAGCUGUUUGGGGGCACGCUGAGAGAGGAGAGGCUGGAGAUGCUGCGGGCACGCCUGGCACGGGUCGGCUUGGAAGAAACCUUCAAAUGGUAUUUGGAGUUGAGGCAGUUUGGGUCUGUUCCUCACGGUGGAUUUGGGAUGGGAUUUGAACGGUACCUGCAGUGCAUUCUGGGAGUUGAGAAUAUCAAAGAUGUUAUUCCGUUUCCACGGUUUCCUCACUCCUGCGUCCUCUAAGCCAAUCGCACAUGCCGUGUGUCUUUCUGCAUUUCACAUGAGAACCGCAGUCCAGGAAGUGAUGCCAUUUUUGUGUCAGUGUCUGCAAGGUUUUUUUAUUUUUUAUUUUUUGGCUGCAUCUUGAAAUUAUGAACUAUUUUUUAUGAACAGAAGAUAGUAUGCUCUCCGAAAUCAUGUCUACUUCCCAUGUCUUGCUGAUCAUCAGCAAUUUCAGUCAUAAUAUUAAACAAAAGGGCCUGUACAGACA